UUUCUGGAGAGACGGAGAGAGGCGCUGUCGACCUGAGCUUCAGUGUCCGGCUGGGAGACAGGCAUCCACAGUAAGGAGCAGACCCCUGCAAACUGACCCAGAACAGCCCAGCUCCGCUUCAAAGGAACACACAGCAGCGAAUUUGAGGCGGCGCAAGAAAGUAAAGGGUUUUUUUUUACCCCUCUUCUUCCUUUCCCCCUGCCUCUGGUCCUCACUUGGACUUGUUGCAAGACCGAGCCCAUUAGGUGUUUGGCUUUAGUCCGUUGUUUGAGACCGAUCAUUCCUCAAGACAUGAGUCCUUGCCACUCCUGGAUCCUAGUUGCUACAUUAAUAGCCUUGGUGCAAGACUCGAGCUGCCGGAGUGUGCUCAAUGCCACGCAUUUCGCACAUUUGCUCAAACGUUUCCACUCCAGGGCCAAGAGAUCCAUCUCCCAAAUUGACAAAGAUGAGAUUUUGCAACUUCACAACCACCUGAGGGGAGAGGUCUAUCCAUCAUCCUCCAACAUGGAAUACAUGGAAUGGGAUUAUGAAUUGGAACGGUCUGCUGAGAGCUGGGCUCAGCAAUGCGUUUGGGACCAUGGUCCUUCCCAUCUGAUCAAGUCAAUAGGUCAGAACCUCGCAGUACACUGGGGAAGAUAUCGGUCUCCAGCUUCCCAUGUGCAGGCAUGGUAUGACGAAGCCAAAGAUUACACAUACCCAUAUGCACAUGAAUGCAAUCCUUGGUGCCCUGACAGAUGUUCUGGUUCAAUGUGCACCCACUACACACAAUUGGUGUGGGCAACAACGAAUAGAGUUGGCUGUGCCGUCAAUGUCUGUGGCAGAAUGAACGUAUGGGGAGAAAUUUGGGAGAAUGCUGUCUACUUAGUCUGCAAUUAUUCACCAAAGGGAAAUUGGAUUGGAGAAGCUCCCUAUAGACAUGGUCGGCCAUGCUCAGAGUGUCCACCCAGCUAUGGCGGCGGCUGUAAAAACAAUCUCUGCUACAAAGACAAUGCAGUGAGAAGACCGCAGCACGAACAAACCAAUGAAGUGGAACCUCCCCAGAUCAAUACAGAUGCAUUAAACCCAUGGACAGUGCCAUAUUCCCAACCACAACCACAGCCAAAGGAGGAACCCAACAACAUGGAGUACAUGACUCAAGUCAUCGAGUGCGAAACUAAAAUGAGAGAUAGAUGCAAAGGAACAACAUGUAACAGGUAUAUGUGCCCAAGAUAUUGUGAAUCAUCAAAGGCGAAAGUGAUUGGAACCCUCUAUUAUGAAACGCAAUCCAGUAUUUGUCGGGCUGCAAUUCACCAAGGGAUUAUCAGUAAUGAAGCAGGCGGGCUUGUGGAUAUCACCCGAAGAGGAAAAAUCCCAUUUUUUGUCAAAUCUUCUCGAAAUGGUAUUCAGUCUCUAAGCAAAUUCAAGUCAGCAAAUGGAUUUAGUGUAUCCAAAGUGACUACUCAGACAGUUGACUGUUACACUACAGUGGCUGAACUGUGUCCAUUCAGAAAACCAGCUACACAUUGUCCCAGGAUUAACUGCCCACCAAACUGUCUGGAGGAGUUUCCCUUCUGGGCACGUGUCAUCGGUAACAAGAUUUAUUCUGACAGAUCCAGUAUCUGUCGAACAGCGGUACAUGCUGGUGUGAUUAAGAACCACAUUGGGGGACUUGUGGACGUGAAACCAGUGGAAAAGAAGAACCGAUACACAGCAGCUUCCAAAAAUGGAAUUCAGUCGGAGAGUAUAAAAAAUCCUCCUGAUGGGAAAGCUUUCAGAAUAUUCGCUGUGGCAUGAGUUAAAAAUCAACUGUGAGAGAACUCUUCUGAGUUUGCUUAACUGAUUUCCAAGGACAGAAAGCAUGAGCAAAAGGAACAUGAACAAACUUUGUGCACACUUGACAAUAAUCAUCAUCUUCAUCAUAUGAAGAAGUAAACAACAUUCUCAGAUUACAUAUGUUGCAUCUCAUCUGCUGCAAAAAAUGGACUCUGGUUUGAACAUUCCUAUCAUUUUUUUUGUACAUAAUAAAUUUAAUAUUUUGUUUAAAGGCAGAAAUAUAGUUAUUUACAGCAGUGCUGGUAAGUCUAUAACUUAAGUUGCUCAUUAUUAAUAGAGUUAGUAUUUACUCUUAGUUUGAUAUAUAUUUCGGUGCAAUCUAUUGGAAUUAGGAUUUUGUGUGUCUCUUUUAUAUUUGUUUGCUUCACUGCGAUUGGCUAUGUACCAUGUGUGUUCAUUUUGUGAAACAAAUUCCAGAGAACAGUUAAAGGGAAGGCCUUCAGGACUUCAAAAACGUUUGAAACCAUGAUAGCUUUUCCUUUAGUUGCAAAUACACAGGGUAUGAAGCCUGGUAAAUAUUGGUGCACAUUCAGGCUAAUGUACCAACAUGUUAAUAAUGCUAAUUCCACUUGCACACCUCGUCAAUGGUGACUUUUCUUUAAAGAUAUUUGGAGAUUGAGUUACACCUCCAAAGUUAUUAGCAUGACAUUUGCCUUGAACAAUCUUAGUGACAAAUAACCAGUUGUGCUAAAGGUUAUUGUAACAUGUAACUGUAAGAUUCUAAUGUAUGUAAACUCUAUUCUCAGUCUAUCAACUCAGAGAAAUUGUAUCUUUGCAAUCUUACUGACAUCGGAAUGUGCCCCGAACUAUCAGAUAUCUACAGGCUCAUUUUUGAACUUGCCGACUAUUAUUAAUAGCAAGGCCAUGGCACAUGAUUUAAGAUAAAGGAAGAAAUUUGUAAAUUAUACAAAUUACAGUGAACAAGGAAUGAGUUAUACAGAUAUAUGAAUGGUGCCUCAUAACACUGGAGCUUGUGAGUGUCCUGUGGCUGUGCCACUUAUGUAGAUACUGGCUCAGGCUAAAUGAGGACCACACACAGAUCUGAACUUCAACCUUGUUCAUCUAAUUUGCCACAUGUAAACUUGAUUCAAAGGUAAACUAAAUCUAUGCAAAGUCUUACAAAAGCAAAAUACUGCGGAUGCUGGAAAUCUGAAAUAGAAUCAGAAAAUGCCAGGAAUACUCAGUAGACCUGGCUGGAUCUGUGAAGAGAACAAAGGGUUAAUAGUUUAGGCCUGUGCUCUUUCGUCAGAACUAUUUGUGCAAAAAUAUUCUUUUCACAACUUUAAUUCCUAUUCUAUUUAAUUACUUGGUGCUUGUCAAAACAUUUUUACAUAUACUUAAAGCACGAUUUGCUCAGUCAUAGAGACCCUGCCAGACCAUUUUCCAUUAAAGAAUUAUGUAUAAUUGAUGCCAUUAUGGACUUAACAGUUCAUCUAUUUAACUGAAGCUGUUGUUAUGGUUGGAAGGCUGAGAGUGAGGGGGAGAUAGCAGGGAUGUUAUUUCAAAACCAAGUUCUCAGUAACGAGUAAUUUUUAAGAAAAUAAACAAUGACAAUGCGAUGACAAACAGAUGCAAUAUUAAAUGAAUAUUGGAUUAAUGUAUUGGAUUCACCACUGUAGCUUUAUUUUCUUUUAUUUCUUCAGUAUAAAAAUGUAAUUUUUUUUCUCUCUGUUGCAAACCAUCUGUAAGAUGUUUCUGGAAUUAAUUUGUGCAUGUGCAAGUUCUGAUGCUACUAUUAAAUAUAAUUUAUUGUGCUGUGUUCUGACAACAGGGAUCAGGAUAGCUGCUCAACCACUUGAUUUUUGUUAUGGCAUUACAUUGUAUAUUUUUAAUAAAUACAUAUAAAACUAUAUAGACUUACGACCUGCAACAGCUAUUUUUAAUACAUUAUAAAAUAGAGUGCAUUAUUUCACAAUAAAAUGUCAUUUUUCUGUAAACCGA